CUCUUCCACUACUCGUCGUCGAAGACAACUGUUUGUUUUGGUCAACCGUAUUUGCUCCAAGGCCAUCUGAACGGCCCCGACUUGUCGGGUGUCAAGGCCUCGCGCUCUGUGCUAUUCUCUCUAUCCGCCGCCUCUAACCUUCUCACCGCUGUUGUCGCUUCGCCAUCCGCCCCGGCCCUCGUCAUACCACGCCGCAAGGACUCGACCGCAACGAUCCGCCCGCACGACCCCUCUGCAUCUCCGGCGUUCUGAAAGGCCAUUUUCGCAAAAGAUACCCCCAAUUCUGUGACUCGACUGUUUACAUACCAGCUCCACGCUACUUUCCUUGGUUUAUUCCUAUCAACAAAAAUCCGCUUCAAUAACAAGGCCCAAUCCGUCAGGCCGGCCCUGCGACCAACAAGCACCACAAACCGCGUCUUUCCGCUCUCGACCGACGCAUUUCCGCCGGCCACUCAAUCAGUCCACCAGGUAUGGUAGUCAAGGAAGAUGGGACCAAAUGGGCAUGCCAAUCGUGCCUAAAGGGUCACCGUGUUAGCGGCUGUACCCAUACAGACAUUCCAGACCGUGAGCUCUUCUUUGUUCCCAAGAAGGGCCGUCCCAUCACCCAAUGCCCGCACUGCCGAGCUGAACGCAAGAAGCGAUCGUCCCAUGUCAAAUGCGAUUGUGGAGAGAAACCCCACACCAAAGAGAAAUGUAUUCAUCUGCGCGAGGCCGAAGCAAAAGCUGCCGCUAUUGCUGCAGCCGCUGAAUCCGGCCUCCCCAUGCCACCGUGUUCCUCGUCUGGAGAACACCACUCGCCUGAUCUCUAUCCUGUUGCCGAAGAGUCCCCAUCGUCUGAUGAGCACCGCUGCUGUUGUCCUCACGGCGGAAAGUGUAUCUGCUCAAGUCUUAAGGAGCCGUCACCCGAAGACGCCAAGGACCACAAGGAACCUGUCAAGGUGUCGCCCAAAAAGGAUACUGUCAAAGAACCGUCAACCGUACCUACCAAGUCUCUGAGCCAACGUAAACCCCGACUCACCUCGCAUCAAUCUGAGGGCCAUCUGACUGUCUUUGCCAACGGCCAUCACAAGCCAUGCCAUCGCAACAACAAUGCUGCUCACGAAUCAGGCGCUCCUUACAAGCUGCCUCGCUCGCACACCACUCAGCCUACCGUGACAAAGAGCAAUGCUCGCCGAUCCGUAGACAGCCUUGCUGCAGUUGCUUCGACCCAGCCUCACUCUUGGUUCCAGCCGAAUAUGUCCGCCCAGCCUUCAAGUACCACUUCUGGACAAUCUUCCCCAGUCUCGGCUAUUACCAUGCAGGCCGAAGCUAUGCAACAGGACAUCAAGCCCCCAAGCGAUAUCCAGCCCCAGUACUCCAUUACAAAUGUCUCGUCGAGUGUGCCAACUUCCAUGUUCGCCGACUUUGGUUUCCCUAGCACUUCGUCCAUUGGCACCACUGCCACAGAGGCCUCCAUGCCGUCUUUCUCCUUGCCGAGCUCUGAUCUAGGAAUGAACACUGACUUCUGGAACAACUUUGACUGGUCCAAGGUCGAUACUACUUCCUUUGAUGUUCAGCCUGCUUUGACAAACACUUCUUCUGGCACACUGUCCGAGGUUGACGAGGUCCCCACCACUGAAGAGAUAAAUACCUUCGACAACAACCCUUACUCUAUGAACAUGCAAGGCCUUGUGGGUACCAACGCCAAUAACAGUACCACCAACUUCGAUCUUGACUUUUCUGUCGCGACUGGACAAUCAAAUCGUUGGAGCAUGCCUGCCUACUCGAAUCCGAGCACAAGCAAUAUCGACCUGGCUGCCAUGAAUACCGAUGUCUUAUCCAGCUCCAAGCAGUCACCCGAGCAGUCCAUGUCCCUCGGCCAAUUCUCUGGUUUCGACAUGUCUUCUGUCCAAUCUCAGUCUCCAGCUCAGUCCAGUUUCCAAUGGGAUCCGACUCUUAUAGACUACGCCAUGGGCAACAACACCGACAACAGCGCCUCGCUCGCCUACUCUGUGGCAGGUUCAUCAGGUCCCUCUAUGGCUCCUACCGCCGCGCCUUCUCCCAAAUUUAGUGCAGACAACUCGAACGUGAAUGAACAAUUCUUCGAUUUUGACAGCAGCUCGAAACUCGUCAACUGGAACGACAGCAUAAUGGUCCCUGCCGGCCAAGACUUUCUCAACACAUACAACUACGAUCAGAACUUCUCGACAAACGACUUCAACGGCCAGGGCUGGUCAAGCUAA